CGCUGUUAGUUGGCGUGUCAAAGCUACGUCAUUGCAGGGAUGGGCGGCUCCCCUACAUGGAAAAUUUGAGUCCCACCCAUUAAGGUUUGACACACUGCUUCACCCCAGCAGACAUUCUCACUCCAGGAAGAGAAGAGAAACGGACACAAACAAUGAGCUACCCAGGAUACCCCCCUCCAGCUGGCACAUACCCACCGCAGCCUGGGUUUUACCCUCCCCAAGCAGGAGGUUACCCACCUCAGCCAGGAGGUUACCCUCCCCAAGCAGGAGGUUACCCUCCCCAAGCGGGAGGCUACCCUCCCCAAGCGGGAGGCUACCCUCCGCAGCCCGGUGCCUAUCCUCCGCAGCCUGGUUCCUAUCCUCCUCAGGCUGGAGCCUACCCAUCACCAUUACCCACAGGCACGUGGGGAGGCGGCCCCUCUGGUGGAUAUCCCUCCACUGCUCCUGGCAGCUAUCCCAAUCCUGGAUACAAUGCAGGCAUGCCAGGAGGCACCAUGCCCCAACAACAGUAUCCUGGGAUGGGCUAUCCCGGUCAGCCUGGACAGACGAUGUCCGGAUACCCCCAAGCACCGUCACCCAACCCACCCAUGCCUGGCUAUGGAGGAGCCCCGUCACCAAAUCCAUCAAUGCCAGCCUAUGGAGGAGGAGCCAUGCCGGUCGCUCCAUCCAGCAAUGGAGUAUUCAGGGGAACAAUCAAAGACUUCCCAGGAGCUGAUCCGCUGAAAGAUGUGGAGGUCCUUAGGAAAGCUAUGAAGGGCUUUGGAACUGACGAGCAGGCCAUAAUCGACCUGCUGGGCAGUCGCUCCAUUAAGCAGCGGGUACCUUUACUCAGAUCCUACAAAACGUCCUACGGGAAGGACCUGAUUAAAGAUCUGCAUUCAGAGCUUUCUGGAGACUUCAGGAACCUGGUCAUGGCCAUGCUGAAAAGCCCGGCUGAGUUGGACGCCUCUGAACUCCACAGUGCUAUGAAGGGAGCUGGAACUGACGAAGCCUGCAUGAUAGAGAUCUUGUCCUCACGCUCCAAUGCUGAAAUCAAAGAAAUAAACCGGAUUUACAAAGAAAGCUAUAAGAAGUCCCUGGAAGAUGCCAUUAAAAGCGAUACCUCAGGCCACUUUUGUCGUCUCCUGAUCUCUCUGGCUCAGGGUAAUCGAGAUGAAAGAGAGAAUAUUGAUGUCAGUCUGGCUCAACAAGAUGCUCAGGCACUGUAUGCUGCUGGAGAAAACAAACUUGGAACAGAUGAGUCCAAAUUCAAUGCCAUUUUGUGUGCAAGAAGCAAACCACAUCUCCGAACAGUGUUUUAUGAAUACCAGAAGAUGUGUGGCAGAGAUAUCGAGAAAAGUAUCAACAGAGAGAUGUCUGGAGACCUCGAGAGCGGCAUGUUGGCAGUGGUGAAGUGCAUUAAAAAUACACCAGGCUACUUCGCAGAGAGACUUUACAAGUCCAUGAAGGGAGCUGGAACUAAAGACAGAACCCUGAUCCGGAUUAUGGUGUCCCGUUCGGAGAUUGACAUGCUGGAUAUCCGUCAGGAAUAUGUUAAGAACUAUGGAAAAUCGCUGUACACACACAUCCAUGGAGACACAUCAGGAGACUACAGGAAGCUGCUGAUUAAGCUCUGCGGUGGCAAUGAUUGAAGAGGAGACACAGCCUGCAGUAGACCAUGAGCAGUCAGGUGCAUUUGCAAAGUUAAGAUGUUUCUAUGAAUAUCAUGUUCCUGCCUCUUCUGUAUGAAUUAUAUCCAAAAUGACAUACCUGCUCACCAUGCCAAUGCUUCUAAACGCUACACUUACACAGCAGCACCUGUAACAAUUUAUUUUUCUAUGUAGACUUUUUUUUAAAUUUGCCAUAUAUUUUCAGGAUUUUCAAAUAGUUUAUUACUAUGACGUAUAUAUUUUGAAAUCUGAAAUAUAAACAUUUGCUAUAUAUUUUUAAGGAUUUUUAUUACAAGUGUGUCAUCAUGAUUACAUGUCAAAAGAAAUUUUAAACAUAAAUCAUCUUGUUUUUUGAUUUCAAGAAAUGCUGAAGUACCAAAGUACAGGGUCAUGUUGGGAAAUGUAUAAUCUAAUAUGUGAUUUGUCUCCAAUUACACAUUACUGUUUACUAUAUUUGUGUUGUGUUUGCAACUGAUAUUUCAGGGGGGUUGCCAGUGUGCCUGUUAGUGUUUGCUGUAAAACUAGGCAUGCCAACUAAUAAAUUGCAAAUUCAAAAAAUAA